CAAAAAAAAAAAAACUUCUAGCAGAAGGAGAAGAAGAAGAGAAUCGCUGUGCGUUUGCAAGGAGAUUUGAGUUUGUGAGAAACAAUCGUCGGGCGCUGAGGUAAAAAGAGCAUCAAGAAGAUGGCGAAGUUGGGGAAGAAGGCGAGGAAGUUUGCGAAGAAGAAUCUGCAGUCGGUACUCAGACAUAAGAGGAAGACAAACUCCAUGUUCAAGAAGAAAGCUUCUAAGAGGAAGCAGCAGGAUGCGGUUGAAGACCAUGAGGGUGACAAAUUAGAUCUCUCGAGUGAAAGGAAGCCGGAGGUUCAAGACAUUGGGGACAUUUCACUGGAUGCAUUAUUAGGUGGAGACUGCAGCGAUUUGGGUGAAGAUGACUCCGACAGCGAUGGCUAUCUUGAGGUUUCAACAAAUGCCUUCGAGGCUGAUAUGGAUGACAAGACUUACCUAGGAGAAGAUGGCGAUGUCACUGCUUUAUCUGUGCAGAACAAGGACAUUGAUUCAGAGCUUGUGGAAAAGAAAAAGAAGUUGGACAAGUUAAAAGAAAAGGAUCCAGGGUUCUGUAAAUUUUUGGAGAACAAUGAUGAGCGUGUCCACCAACUGAGUGAUGAAGAAAUGUUUUCUGAUGAUGAAGAGGCAAGUGGUAAUGACACUCAAACAGUUGGAGAAAGCUUAAACUCGAGUAAGCUCAAACUGAUAACUGCAUCUACCAUCAACGUUUUGUGUCAAGAAGCUACAGAGCUGCAGAAUGUGUCUGCUUUGACUAGCCUCUUAAAUUGUUACCGUGCUGCAUGUCACUAUGGAAGUGAAUCAAGUGGGUUUCCUGAUGGUACCGCAGUCUACAAGAUUCAGAAUAAGGAAGUUUAUUCCACUAUAUUGGCCUUCAUGCUCUGUGAAGCUGACAAAAUGUUUCGGAACUUACUUGGGAUAUCAUGCUCUAAUUGCAAGAAGGAGACUAUUUUGGAUAUGAAGAACACAUCAAAAUGGAAAACUACGAAGCCUCUGAUGAAAUCAUAUCUGAGGAGCACCCUGUUCCUUCUGAAUCAAGUUACAGACUCUAAGAUAUUGGUUUUCUCCUUAACACAACUUAGGGCUUCGAUUAUAUGUUUUGCUGGUUUUCCUUCUCUGCUGCAUCGACUGAUCAAGAUAUCUAUUCACUUGUGGGCAACCGGCGACGAGACUCUGUCGUCACAUGCCUUUCUUGUAGUCCGUGAUGUGGCUUUUCUGUAUGGGAAUGAUUGGUUUGACAUCUGUCUGAUUAGAACAUACAAAGCCUUCAUAGGCCAUUGCAAAUUUCUGGAGCCAGGAAUGUUUAAUCAUAUAAAAUUCCUCAGGAAUAGCAUUGUUGAAUUAUGCUCCAUGGACCUACAGAAAUCAUCUAGUAAAGCAUUGGUCUCUCUACAGCAACUUGCUAAAAUACUGCAGUCGGCACUACAGACAAAGAACAAGGAAGCAGUCAAGAAAAUAUGCAGUUGGCAGUUUGCUAAUUGCAUUGAUCUCUGGGUUGAAUUUGUAUCAUCAAACAUUCAUGAUUAUGACCUCCAGCCACUGCUUUAUACGAUCAUACAGAUUGUAAAUGGGGUGGCUCAUCUUUUUCUUGGACCAAGAUAUUUACCCUUGAGAAUUAAGUGCAUUCAGUGGUUGAAUCAUCUCUCUUGUUGUUGUGGGAUUUUCAUUCCUGUUGGAUCAUUUGCCACGGACAUUUUGGAAUACAAGGUUGGCAAGGUGGGCGGAAAGCCUGGAAAGGACUUCAACUUUUCGACUUCUGUCAGAUUGCCAAAGCAUUGGUUAAAAUCUCAAAACUUCCAAGAACAGUGUGUUUCUUCGGCCAUUGAGUUGCUCUGCACACACUUUGAUCAUUGGAGCUAUCACAUAUCCUUUCCUGAGCUGGCUACCGUACCGCUCAUCCGUCUGAGGAAGUUCUAUGAGACAACAACAAAUGAGGUUUUCCGGCGUCUGGUAAAACGUUUAAUUGAUCAGGUGGAGCUGAACGUUGAUUUUGUGCGAAAGAAAAGAGAUGAGGUGGCUUUUUCACCCAAAGAUCAGCAGUCUGUUGAAUCAUUUCUUCAGUGUGAGAAGAGCAGCGGAAAUGCUUCUUUCAAACAGUACUAUGAAAGCAUCAUACAAAAGUCGGUCUCACAGAACUUGUUUACCAGUGAAAAGUUUAGUUUGGAAGAGCAUAAAAAAUCAACUAGGAAGAAGGGACGGCUUGUCACCCAUAUGGAGGUUGCAAGACUCAAUGGCCAAGAAAAUGGUGUAAGAAAAAAUAUGGAGAAGAGAAGAAAGAAGAGAAGAAAGAAGAGAAAAACUUUGAAGAGUGCUACUUUAUCUCAAUGAUUGAUCUAGGAGGACUAGCAGUGGCUGCCGUCUGCCUGGCACUUGGUGCUCCGUGCUCGGUAUGUUUUUGUUGAGUAUUUGUAUUCUAAUUAAUGAAGUUUAAUGUAAAGUAUUUAUAUGCUCCCCCUCCCUCCUGAGUUUGGUUGCCAUUUCUAAUCAAAGUUUCUGUCUGCCACUGCAGUUGCUCCUGAAUUGUAAAAUUUUGACAUAUGGUUAAAAGAAAAGUGAGGUUAGGAGAUUGUAAAAUACUUUGCGGAAGUGAUAUUUGUGUCGAGAAUUGCAUAUCUAUUUGUCAAUAUGCUGGAGUGAUGUUGGGAUUGUUCAUUUCUUGGAGAACAUAUUGUUAUGUCUCUUGAUCA